UACGUCAGAAACCCCCACCCCCAAAAAAAAAAAAGCCGUACAAAAGAAGAAGAAGAAGAACAAGCAAUUAUGACUUUGGGCUUGAUCAAUGCGAACCCAGUAGUUCACGCCAAGAAAGAACGAGUCGUUCGUAACGAAGAUCCUCACGGUGACGACGCCGUUGAUCCACUCGAAAUCUAUGAUUUCGUGAGGGAUAUUAGAGAUCCUGAACAUCCUUAUUCAUUGGAGCAGCUUAGUGUUCUUUCCGAGGAAUCAAUCACCGUUGAUGAGAAGCUCGGCCGUAUUCUGAUAACUUUCACUCCCACAAUUCAGCAUUGCAGCAUGGCGACUGUAAUCGGUUUAUGCCUAAGGGUUAAAUUAAAAGAAUGUUUUCCUCCGCAUUUUAAGGUUGACAUUAAAGUCGCCCUGGGAUCUCAUGCUGAUGAAGAAUCAGUUAAUAAGCUGUUGAAUGAUAAAGAACGAGUCGCCGCUGCCUUAGAGAAUCCUAACCUUCGCCAACUUGUGGACGAGUGCCUUUAUUCCAAUGAACUUUGAAGCCAAGUACUAAUCUUCUAAAGCUUAUUGUACAGGUCAAAAAACAUCAGCAUCUCUAAUUCAAUAAGAAAUAACAUGGCUGCAAUGUUUCUUCUCAUUUGCAGAAUGUA